AACGUCAAAUGUCAAAAAACAAACUACUGUUUUAUUAUCUGUACAUGGUAUGGUGUUAGCGGCCGAUCAGCAGUUCACUUUUUAACGAUUUUUAUAUUGGUUCAUAUUACCCGCAGAAAUAUCGCCAUGUCAAUGAUGAAGACAAAUAUGCUGGUACGCUCGCUGAGUACUUCAUCAGCUGCAGCUCAACUUGUCAAAGCUCCAGUGCAAGUGUUCGGUUUGGAGGGCAGAUAUGCUUCGGCUUUGUAUUCCGCUGCUUCAAAGUCCAAGAGCUUGGAUACAGUCGAAAAGGAGCUCACUAACUUCCAGCAAUCUAUUAAAACCGAUGCCAAACUUAAGGAGUUCCUCAUCAACCCUACUCUUAAGAGAAACCUAAAAGUCGAGGCUUUGAAACAUUUGACUUCUAAAACAAGCAUGUCUCCAACUACAGGCAAUUUAUUGGGCCUCAUGGCUGAAAAUGGUCGCCUGGGUAAACUUGAGUCUGUUAUCAAUGCCUUCAAAAUUAUGAUGGCUGCCCACCGAGGAGAGGUUACUUGUGAAGUAAUUACUGCGAAACCUUUGGACCAAGCUCAAAAGCAGAGUUUGGAAGCUGCUCUUAAGAAAUUCCUGAAAGGCAGUGAAACGCUACACCUUACUUCCAAAGUGGACCCAUCUCUCAUUGGCGGUAUGGUUGUGUCAAUUGGGGACAAAUAUGUGGACAUGAGCAUUGCCAGCAAAGUGAAGAAAUACACUGAACUCAUCAGUGCUGCUGUUUAAUUUACAUAAAUAUGGGGAUAUUCUGUAGCGGAUCUAUUUAUGUUAAAAUUAGUCAUGUUCCAUAUUGUUUACAAAUAUAAGUGAAGAUCAAA